CGUCACCACACAUCGCUGCCAGCCAUUCCCACAGGGACUCAUCUACCAGGCGCCACACGAGCCAUCUUCUCUUUGACGACAGGCACCGUUGUACGCCAGCUCUAUGGACGAGAGGAGAGUCCUCUCCCCCUCCUCCUCGAGGCCCUCCAGCCCCAGGACCCCACCCUGCGAGAUGCUUGGCUCUGUGGGCAUCGAAGCUGUGCUGGACCAGCUGAGGAUCAAGGCCAUGAAGACAGGGUUCGAAUUCAACAUCAUGGUGGUGGGGCAGAGUGGACUGGGCAAAUCCACCAUGGUGAACACACUGUUCAAGUCCAAGGCGUGGCAGUCGAACCUGCCCAGCCUGGAGGUGCCCAUUCCACAGACACUGGAGCUACACUCGGUGACCCAUGUUAUCGAGGAAAAGGGCUUAAAACUGAAGCUGACCGUGACUGAUACGCCCGGUUUCGGGGACCAGAUCAACAAUGACAAGUGCUGGGACCCUAUCCUGAGCUACAUCAACCAACAGUAUGAACAGUACCUGCAGGAGGAGCUCCUCAUCACCCGGCAGCGCCACAUCCCCGACACCCGUGUGCACUGCUGCGUGUACUUCGUGCCACCCACUGGGCACUGUCUGCGACCCCUGGACAUUGAGUUCCUGCAGCGGCUGUGCCGGACUGUGAACGUGGUGCCAGUGAUCGCCCGGGCUGACAGCCUGACCAUUGAGGAACGAGAUGCCUUCAGGAACCGGAUCCAGCAAGACAUGAACACACACUGCAUUGAUGUGUACCCACAGAAGUGUUUGGAUGAGGACAUCAAUGACAGGAUCCUCAACAGCAAGAUCCGGAAGCAGAUCCCCUUUGCAGUGGUGGGGGCUGAUCGAGAGCACCUAGUGAAUGGGAGGUGUGUCCUGGGCCGGAAGACCAAGUGGGGUGUCAUUGAAGUGGAGAACGUGGCACACUGUGAGUUUCUUCUCCUGAGAGACCUGCUCAUCCGGUCCCAUCUCCAGGACCUGAAGGACAUCACCCACAAUGUCCACUAUGAGAACUACCGCGUCCUCAGACUCAACGAGAGCCACCAGCUGCCCCGAGGGCCAGGCUGGGUGAACCUCGCCCCAGCUUCCCCUGGACAGCUGACCUCCCCUGGGCCUGGGAAGGCCUCCAGGAAGUCUUACAGAGAUACCAAAGAUGAUGAGUGCUGA